AUGACUGAAUCCGUGUUAAAUCCAAUAAGUAUAUCUCAAUACAAACGAGUAUUAACCUCCUCUAACAAUAACGGUUAUGGUGGUGCUAAUGUUUUCCGAAACCUGACAACAACAAUCGGAUCUGGUCACCAUGGAACAUCUGUAUUGAAUCGGAUAAUAAUGUCCUUACAAUCAGGCUUAGAUAGUGAAGUGAGUUGGGCGUUGUCAUAUAUGACACAGGUAUCUUGUACAGAACCUCUUUCUAUUGAGUUAGAAGUGUUACCUUAUUUGGGAACUGAACUUAUAAAGUAUUUUGUCAAACCCUUUCAAUUAAUUAUCGAAAAUAAGGCUAAAGAUGUCACCCAUAAGCAACUUGCAUUGAGUUUAGACUCAUUGUUGACUUUAAGAAACUUAGCUCAAGAUUUGGGCAAUCAACAAUGGCUUUCACAGGUUAAAACAUUGAAAAAGAGCAUUGUUGAAGUGUUGAAGUUCUUUAUUCAUUGGUUCUACCAACCAUAUAAACGAGAUUUUUGUAUGGUUCAAUUUGACAAUUUAUUCAGAGAGGGUUUUGCAUACUUGAUCGAUUUACUAGAACCAUUGAGUUGUUAUUAUAUUGAUAACUCUAAAACAGAUCCAUUAUUUGCUCAAUUAUUAUUGACUGCGACACUUACUAAUGACAAAUUUCUCUUGGUGAACAUCUUAAACUGCCUAUCUCAUUUAUUGAUUAUAAAGGAUGGUUUUAACAGCUCACCUGAAGAGAAUAAAACGGAAUACAACGAGACCGAGGAUUCUACUCCUAAGGAUAUUAAAGUACUAAAUAAUGUCAUAGACACCAUACAAGAAUCACAUUUGCAGAAAUUUGUCGAAUUGCUUUUGGUAAAUGACGAUGAAUUAACUACAGCAGUAUUUGGAUUUCUCAAGCAAUAUUUAUUAUCAGAAGCCCCACAUCCACAAUAUUCUAAUUCCAUCAAAAAAAGCCAACAAGCAAGAUUACGGAAGCUUUUACAACUAAGUUCUACCAAAUCUAAUUUUUCAAUUUUAGCUAAACAAUUACCUUUGAUAUUAUUGUCAAGUUUACCCUUAAGCGACCCUAAUAACAUAAGCAAAAUGCCUCCUACUUUCUUGUCUAAGAGAUCACAAUAUAUCAGUGUUCCAAACACAGUACCAACCUUACCAGCAGACUUAUUCAAUGUUAUAGUCAGGCUUCCUGAACCUCUUAGAGCUACUACAUGGUUAAGAUGUUGUUACGAACCAAUAUACGACUUCAAUGUUAAAACAAUUGAUCCCAAUGUUAUUCCUGGGGAAGUGACUCAAAUUUCUUUGUGGAAAGCGUACGAGAAGCAGUUUGAAGAUGUUUGGCAAGAUAAGGAGAAGGUGAAUCCUGAAUGGCUUCCAUUAUUGCCAGCACUUGAAUUUAUUCGUAAUGUGAAUGCUGCGUUCCCUAACUCCGAAGUUAUGCAAAUUACAGUCGAUAGUCCUGGUCAACCUCCCAAAAAGAAAUUCAUUAUCAAAGGUAUUCAACCUAGACAAUUUGCAGUUGGAAUUGAUGAUGGAAACUAUGAAGCAUUUAGACAUUUUUCAGAUUCAACAACCCAGCAAGGUCUUGAAAGUGGUGAAAGUUUACCAGUGGGCCACGUUGACAUGCAAAAGUUCAAUAUAAACUUAAAUAAGGUCAAUGAUUCUUUGGCUGCAAAUGGUACCCAGGUCACAGAAAAUGAUGUUUCACCUUUGAAUCAAUCUGCGUUUGAUUUAUUGGAUUUAAUGAUAACCAAUGUAUUAGAGACUGAAGAUAACGUUGAGGAUUUAGAGGCAAUUUUCAAAUUACAUAAUUCUCACUGGUUGCCAGAACUUAUCUAUGCUAACCCUUGUCUUGUGGAUAUUGGCUUGGUCAAGGGAUCGUGGUUCAGGUACUUAUUGUAA